UGCUUUUUGGAAUCAACAGGACUAUUAAAGGCACGGGGUUGAGAUAGACGGCAGACUGUUUGGGUGAGUCACACUGUGGAGGAGAGGACAUCAUUCAGGAUGCCAGAGCCAGUCAAAAAAGCAGUUUCAGCAUUUGCCAAGAAACCAAAGACUCAGGAGGCAGAGGAGGGGUCCUCUGUGGUCUAUGAAGCAGAAACAGAGAAGCCUGAUGCUAAAGUAAAAUGGCAGUGCAACUCAAAGGACAUUGCCAGUGGCGACAAAUAUGUGAUCACAGCCGACGGAAACAAGCACUACCUCGCUAUAAAAGCUAUUACCAAGGAAGAUGCCAAUGUCUACGCGGUGAUAGCUGGGGGGUCAAAGGUCAAGUUUGACCUGAAGGUUGUUUCAAAGCCAGCUGAGGGGCCUGCUGAUGCACCUGGGGAGUCCGGUGUAGAACCAGAACAGGCUCCUGCUCCGCCUGCAGCAGCACCCACAGAGGACCAGACCGCUGCCCCAACACAUGAUGCUCCUCCAGCUGAGGACGGACAGCCUCCGGACACCAGACAGGACCUGAUUGGACUGUUCACAGAGAAACCCCAGAGUGGGGAGGUCACUGUAGGUGAAAACAUCACGUUUGUGGCUAAAGUGAAUGCUGAGUCAUUGCUGAAGAAACCCACCAUCAAAUGGUUCAAAGGGAAGUGGAUGGACCUCGCCAGCAAGUCUGGAAAACACCUGCAGCUAAAGGAGACAUAUGACCGCAGCAGUAAGGUUUACACGUUUGAGAUGCAAAUCAUCGCAGCCAAGCCUAACUUUGCUGGAGCUUACAGAUGUGAGGUUACAUCCAGGGACAAGUUUGACAGCUGUAAUUUUGAGUUGGCUGUACAUGAGGCUUGUGCUGCUGAAGGGCUCGACAUAAGAGCAGCUUUUAGGCGCACGAGUGAAGCCAGUAAGAAGAGAAGUGGACCACCAUCAAGUAGUACCGAUGGAAAGGAAGACUCGGGAGAGCUGGACUUCAGUACCUUAUUAAAAAAGAGAGACAGUUUCUUAAAAUCCUCAAAUCGAGCCGUGCAGGUGAGCACAGAGCCGGACCUGGACGUGUGGGAUAUUCUCAGCCAUGCGCCUUCUUCAGAAUAUGAGAAGAUUGCUUUUCAGCACGGCAUUACCGACCUGAGAGGCAUGCUCAAGAGACUGAAGAAGAUGAAGAAAGAAGAGAAGAAAAGUGCAGCUUUCCUCAAAAAGAUGGAUCCUGCUUACCAAGUGACAAAAGGACAUAAAAUAAAACUGGCCGUUGAGGUCGCCAAUCCAGAUGUUGAGGUGAAAUGGCUGAAGAAUGGACAAGCAAUUCAACCAACUGGAAGCAAGUACAUCUUUGAGAGUGUUGGCAACAUGCGCUACCUCACCAUCAACCACUGCUCCUUGGCAGAUGAUGCAGCAUAUUGCUGUGUGGUGGGAGAGGAGAAAUGCACCACUGAGCUCUUUGUUAAAGAGCCUCCCAUCAUGAUUGUGAAGAACCUGGAGGAUCAGAUGGUCAUGAAGGGCGAGCGGGUGGAGUUAGAGUGUGAAGUCUCAGAGGAAGGAGCCAAUGUUAAAUGGGAGAAAGAUGGUGUGGAAUUAACAAGAGACGAGUCUUUCAAGUAUCGCUUCAAGAAAGACGGCUGCAAACAUGUCCUGAUAAUUAAUGAGGCCACGAAAGAAGACUGCGGCCACUACAAGGUUAAAACGAACGGUGGCGAGUCUAUGGCUGAACUCUUGGUACAGGAGAAAGACCUGGAGGUCUACCAGAGCAUUGCAGACCUCACAGUGAAGGCAAAGGAUCAGGCGCUGUUUAAGUGUGAGGUGUCGGAUGAGAAUGUGAGGGGAACCUGGUACAAGAAUGGUGUAGAAGUCAAGCCCGAUGCCAGAAUAAAUAUCACCCAUAUUGGCAGGAUCCACAAACUGACCAUUGAUGAGGUCAAACCAGAGGAUGAGGGAGACUACACUUUUGUGCCAGAUGGCCACGCCUUUAACCUUUCUGCUAAACUCAACUUCCUGGAGGUGAAGAUUGAUUAUGUACCGCGCCAAGAUCCUCCCAAGAUCCACCUGGACUGUAUGGGUCGCACUGCCGAGUCAACCAUUGUAGUGGUGGCUGGCAACAAACUGCGUCUGGAUGUCCCUAUCACUGGAGACCCUGCACCCACAGUGGUCUGGACCAAAGGAGAGAGGGCUAGUUCUGUAAAACCUGACGGAGAGAAGAAAGAAGGGCCGGCAUCCUCUUGGACACUGAACGAUGGGGAAGUCGUCACAGACGGAGACGGCAGGGUCCAUGUGGAAACCACCAAAGGACACUGUGUCUUCACCAUCGAGGGGGCAGAGAGGCAGGACGAGGGAAUCUACUCUGUUGUGGUUCGAAACCCCGCUGGGGAGGACACUGCAGAUAUCAAUGUGAAAGUUGUCGAUGUUCCAGAUCCUCCCCAGGCUCCCAGAAUCCUCAGCGUGGGAGAGGACUCCUGUGUAGUCCAGUGGGACCCCCCUCUGUUUGAUGGUGGACAGCCAGUUAUUGGCUACGUGCUGGAGAGAAAGAAGAAGAAGAGCUACAGGUGGAUGAGACUGAACUUUGACCCUUAUCCGGACACGACCUAUGAAGCCAAGCGGAUGAUUGAAGGAGUGGAGUACGAGAUGCGAGUCUAUGCUGUCAACGGCAUCGGCUUGUCUCGUCACAGUUCAGCUUCACAGCCUUUCGUGCCAGUCGCCCCCACAAGUGAGCCCAUUGGACUCUGCGUUGACGACAUCAGUGACACUUCCAUCUCUCUGAAGUGGCGGCCGCCUGAGAGGAUCGGCUCAGCUGAACUUGAGGGUUAUGGCGUUGAGUACUGCAAGGAAGGCACAGAUGAAUGGAUACCAGCCAUUCAGGGUCUGACUGACCGGACAUCAUUGACCAUCAAAAAUCUCACCACCGGAGACAAGCUGCAGUUCCGUGUGCGGGCCUACAACAUGGCAGGACCCAGUGUUCCCACCACUCUGGCUCAGCCUGUCACCAUCAGAGAGAUAAUGCAACGCCCUAAAAUUUGGCUCCCCAGAAAUCUCCGCCAGACUCUUAUCAAGACAGUUGGAGAAACUGUCAAUCUUGUGAUUCAAUUCCAGGGUAAGCCCAGGCCAAAGGUCACAUGGAGCAAAGACGGGGAGCUUCUGAGCCCCACAUUCGCUAGUGUCAGGAACAGCGAUACGGAUACGAUCCUCUUCAUCCGCAGGACAGAGAGAAAUCACUCUGGGAAGUAUGAACUCCAGGUGCAGAUUGAGAACAUGGAAGACACAGCAAGUAUCACACUGCAGAUUGUUGAUCUCCCAGGGCCCCCUCAGGCUAUGAAGAUCACAGAUAUCUGGGGCUUCAAUGUGGCACUCGAGUGGAAGCCGCCGAAGGACAACGGUAACUGUGAAAUAACUGGUUACACCGUUCAGAAAGCUGACAAGAAGACCAUGGAGUGGUUUACGGUCUACGAGCAGUACAGGCGAACCAACUGCGUCGCGUCUGACCUCAUCAUGGGGAAUGAGUAUGUCUUCCGAGUCUUUGCCAUCAACCUGGUGGGUCUCAGCCCAGAGCCCUGCAACACAGCAGACAGCGCUUACAUCCAGAAAACAGGUAUCGAGUACAAGCCGCCCACCUACAAGGAACAUGACUUCUCACAGGCUCCCAAGUUCACACAUCCGUUGGUGAACCGUUCUAUCAUAGCAGGAUACAGCACGACCCUCAGCUGCUCUGUCAGAGGAACGCCAAAGCCCAAAGUGACCUGGUACAAAAACAAGAUGGACAUCUCGAAUGAAGCCAAGUACCGGAUGCUCAGUAAACAAGGUGUUCUGACGCUGGAGAUCCGUAAGCCCUGUACGUUCGACGGGGGAGUGUAUAUGUGCAAAGCAGUCAAUGACAGCGGAGAGGACAUAGUGGAGUGUAAACUGGAGGUCCGCCCUCAAGUUGCUAAAGAAGAUAAGUGAGGAGGUUGGAGCUGCUGACUGAAGAGAAGAUCGAUUUGUCUCCUGCAUGUUGACUGUUUUGUGUCACGAGAAACUCUUCACCUGCAUCACGAACUGUUUAACCCAAAUCCUUUUUUUGUGUUUGCACCACUUUCAUCUUCUGGAAUCAUCAUGUAUCGUCGUCACUGUUGUGUUAGUAUCAUGUGUACCACUGGAUUACUGAAUUCUAAUAGUCAAAGAAGGUAGCAAUGUCAUCUUGUUUCUCAGUCCUUUCAGCUGAUCUAAAGAAAUGGAUUGCAGUGUUUGGAUUUGUUUGUGUGCUUACAAAGGUCAAUAUAUAUGCUUCAAAAACACAAGUGAGUGAUUCCAUUCAGUCAUAUUCUCAAGUAGUGGCAUUACAGUGUAGUCAGUAGUGGUGAAUAAGUGGACACCAGUAAAAUUGCCAUCAUGAUAGCUUUAGCAGCCAUGGCAUUCAGAAAAUGAAUGAGAGCAUGCCAGUGAUACUCAGAGGUCCAGAGGAAUGGACAAGAGUUGUUGAGGGCUUAGUUUUAUUGUAACAAAGCCUCGCUAAAGCCAGAGGUGUGAGGCAUGUGCCUAAUGUGCACGCCACAGAUGGAUGUGUGUGAAUUGCUGGAAUAGCUAUGAUGUCCUUUUACCACUGGGGACAUGUGAGAGUGAAGAGGAACACAUGGUGGUGUUCUUCGAGCGGGAGCUGCUGUAACAUCACUCCGCAGUUCCUUUGAUGCCUUCAAUGUAAAUAUUUCCUGUGUCCUCUCAACAUGCAGCUGCAAAAGAUCCAGUGAGCCUUUGUACAUGUGCCGGGCCACUAUUAACAUAAAUGACGAAUGCCUUACAGCGCCUCCACUUUUGCCAGGUGUCUUGACACAGGGAUUCACCAAAAUCCAUAAAUUACAAGUGAAAAGGUGACACGGUUCAAAGCUAAACAGGACUUCUCAAAUGGCACGUCUGUUUCUUUAUACAACCCCAGAGGUUAUUUUUCAUUCAUCACCAAGUUACAGCUCACUACACGAGUAAAGGGAGCCAGCAGUGGUGGACAACAUGACUGGAGGUGAAAGGAAACUCCACCGAAUGGCACAAAGGGUCUUAAACCUGUUAACAGGCUUGGAAAGGUCCCGUUUAAACAAAACAGUUCAUCCCUGAAAUGAUGUCUGCUUUGGGCUUUGCAGCUGAAACUAUUUUAACAAGACCAAGUCUACAGCUAGCAGCUCUGUGGGGCACCGCAGUGCUUUAAGCUAAAUGCUAACAUUAGCAGCGGUGGAAGAAGUAGUAGAAAAGUAGCAAUACCACAGUGUAGAAUACUUAAAGUUAAAAUCUAAAGGCAGUCUAUAUGUUGCUUAAGUAAAAAAAGUAUUACCUUAAUCAUACACUUAAAGUACAAAACUAAAUGUACUAAAGCAUUAAUGUACAAACUUUAAAAUUGCAGCUGAGAAAGGUGCUGCCAAUAAAUGCAUCAUGAUUUAUUAGUUGAUUUUGUAUUUAUAAUCUGAAUCUGCAAAAUAACUGGUAACUAAAGCAGUCAAAUAAAUACUUGCAGAAUAAAAGCGGAGCAGUAGCCUACAUAUUAGCAUGCAAUGGAAAUACUCAAGUAAAGUACAAGUACCCCAAUAUUGUACUUAAAUAAAUUCACUGAAUAAUUUUCCACUACGGAAUGUCAGUUUGCCAACAUGCUCACAAUGACAAUGCUAACACGAUGAUGUUUAGUAGGAACUUAUCGUGUUCACCAUCUUAGUUCAUCGUUUAAGCAUGCUUACAUUGUUAUCUAGUAGAUGUUGAGAUAUUUCACUUUUUAAUUUUUUUUUCACUUUGACCUUACCGGGACUCUAUAGGAAAAGUCAGGGGAUCACCAAAGUAUAAAGAUUGAUUCUCUAGGGACCAUGAAUGUCAAAUUCUCAUGGCAAUCCAUCCAAUAGUUGUUGAGAUAUUUCAGUCUAGACCAAAGUGAUGGACUGCCUAGCUGCUAAAAACUGAUUUUUGGGACAUUUUUCUGAGCAGAAAUUAGACACUUUAUCUUUACUGCCAACUAAGUUUACAUAAUUUCUCUUAAGUGAUCGGACUAUUUGACGGUACUCAGUUUGGAGUAUGUAACAAAGGUUUGGUAAGUAGAACGAUAAGUCCUCACUUUUGAUUGGUCAGAGUCCAAUGGGGAACUCUGCUGGCAGUAAAAAAUGUCAAUAUUUUCAUUUUCAGGUGAUUUGACCUUUCUAUGCCAUACUGCAAUAAACAUAUUUUUUUCUAUAUUAUCUCCAAUCCCAGGAAUCAUCUGUGCAGCGACUUAAAAGUGGCAGAAUUGCCAGAAAGAAGUUUUAAACAAAUAAGAAUGUACAAAAAUUUCACAUAACAUAUUUGAUAAAGAUAACGGUCGCUGUAGUGUUUUAAUUUUAACACCAAGGUAAAUAAAAAUGGUUGUGUUCUUCCAAUUUUA